UCUCUCUCUCUCUCUCUCUCUCUCUCUCUCUCUCUCUCUCACACACACACACACACACACACACACACACACACACACACACACACACGCACGCACGCACGCACACACACACAUUCCCUUCUGCUUACAAGGAUACGGGAGCUUGCAUGGCGACAGGGAGAGGAGGUCAUGAUGGAGAAAGGCAGAGGGAAAGCAAGAGAGAGGCAAAAGGGACGAGGCAACGAGAGCUGACACUAUAACUGCCUGUUUGCUCACUCUUGUCUUCUUGCUCCCCCUCCUGUCCUUUCACUUCCACUCGCAGCACGAACACACAGACAACUAGGUAGGCACAGCGAAGCGCAGAGCUGCGAGGGAUGGAGAGACAGGUUCCCACGUGAAAGGCAUGAGUCCACGGGAAGAGGAGAAGAGGAGAUAGAAGUCAACCCAACCAGAGAAGAGAGGAGAGGAGAGAGGAGGAGAAAAAGAAUUGAGGAGGAGAGGAGCAGAUGGGCUCAGGGAAGGAAAUGGUGUGAACCUCACCGAGCAGAGGUGACAGAGAGGUGAGGAUUAAAACAAACACGAGGGACGGAAGAAUGGGAGGAAGAAACGUGAAGGAAUAACAGAAGAGGAGCGAGCACUCGUGCUAGAAAGAGAGAGCACAGAGGGCAGCGGGAGAGAGAGAUGUGAAGCUCCACCGUCCAGUCACGGGAGGAUGAGCUACACAAACAGAUGAACUGACUGAUAUAUUCAAAUCAAAAACCAAGAAGCCAAAUGAAAACUUCUAAAAAACAGGCCCUUAUGGGAAAAUGCUCAAGAUCAUCUCAUAUCUUGGUCUUUCAGUCUCCUGAACGAUCAAGGGACGAAGCAGACGGAGAAGGAGAGGCCGCGACAAGUCAAAGGAUGGACUGGCUACAUUCCCUUCCUGUCUCCCUUUGGCACUGUGAAGACUUUCUCAUAGAAGGAUAAAGAGAAAUGGGAAUAAGAAGAAAGAGCGCAGGACAUGCACAUGUUUAGAGUACUUGAGGAUGAAUUUAUUUCAUUUUAUUAUUUUUCAUAUUUAUAUUUUUGGUAAAGUAACAAUAGAGAUCCAUGUUUCUGUAGAGCUGAGCGACUGUGAGCUGUUGAAUCCUGGAUAUGCCUUCCUGAGGACUGUCUUAGUUGAACAGGAAGGUGUAAAACUAAGCUGAGCCACUAUAUUCUAUGUUAUGAAGAGACUUGUGAACCUUAGACCUGUUUUGUGAUGAAACUGGAAACCAUUAAUCAAUCAUCCAGGUCUCUCUUGCUUUCAUUGCUAUGACGAGAUAGUAAUGGAAGAGCACUUUCCUUACUGACGCGCUGACAAAACAAGGUCUUUACUACUGCAGAUUGCCCACAGAGCCUGUGGAUGUUGGGGGAAGGAGGGAAACUAGAGAGAUGGUGAGCAAAGAGCCGAGUCACUCGCUCACAGGCCAGAGCAACAUCAAGAGCACCUUGGCGGACAAGCUGCCGGGGACAAUGACUGUACGCUCUGUUCUGCUCAAUCGAGACUCUCCAGAUAUCGAGAGCCGCCUCAAGAGGCGCCGCAGUCGUACCCAUCAGGUCCGAUUUAAAGACCUGGAGGAUGGCAGCAGUAGUAGUGGUAACAGCGCCACGGGAGAAAAUAAUGGCCAUCAAAGGCCGUUAAAAGGCUGUGACAGCCCACAUGCUCUUUGUAAACAUAACAGCAUGUCUCCCCACCCAUGGACUGACAAGCUACAGACUGGUAGCCUACCUGGUCAAACCUCUGUAGUGGGGGCCGUGCGUGGGGACAUGGCUAGCACUAUAGAAAAGGUGGCAGCCUUUCUAGCACGGGCCCCUCCUCAUCCAUUGACCCCUGGCGUUACACGACGAUGCUGGGCACCACCACAGGUGAACUCCCUAACUUUACCAAUGACACGAAAGCCCAGCAAGAUCACCAGCACAGCCAUCCAGACUUCGCCAUGUCUCAAAAAACCCCAUUCUCUCUCAGCCACACACACAAGAAGACACAUUGGAGACUCCGUUGGUGUGGAUGGGGAUGAUGAGCACGACUCUCAAGAUGAGUAUGUCAUGCAAAACCAUUUGUUGCUGCCUGUGUCCAAAGAUCAGAUAAGAACUCUUGCCCUUAGCGAUAAAUCUGCAGUGGAACGGAGAUCUAAAGCAUCGAGGACAGAUAGUAAGUCAGCUGUUGUUGCAAAAACUUCCAGACACAGUUGUCCGCCUUCAGUCCUUCACAGCACUGAGGCAUGUCACCGUUCUUCAGUUUCCUGUCGUGAUGGCCCCAAUCGUCAGGGUAGCAGCACCCCCUCUGUGGCAAGGAGGAGAAAGCGCUUAAGCAGGACAACAAGUGAUCCUGGAAAGGAAGUUCAUUACUGCACCACCCCCACACAGACCGAAAGCCCCAGACGAUCCCCCCCACCUCCAAAUACAAAACUCUGUACCACACAAGUUCAAACUGAGAGUCCCUCUCCAGCUCAAAACUCCAAGUUCUGCACCACCCAAAGUCAGACAGAAAGCCAACAUCAGUCUCCCCCUUUGAGUGACGAACACUGCACAACCCAAAUUGAAGCCACCGCUCCAACCCUACCUCCAGACAUUGAGCCGUGCACAUCUCAAGUACAAACAGACUCUUCCUGUCACACUUCUCCAAAUCAUAAACCUUGCCCUUCACAGAUGCAAACAUGUAGCUCCAUUGCUUCCCCACCACUGACUGUAUCACCCAGCUCUGUGCAAAUACAGUCUGACAACCCUGCAUCCCCACCUGCAGCUCAAAACACUCCCACCACCAAAAUUACUACUGUGCCUUACUCUACUUCUUCUCCGCCUACAAAAGCACCAGUACAAACCCCUGAAGACUGCACAAAGCGGCCUUGCUCAUCUCCUCCCAAGACAGCUUGUGUCACCCCUCCUCCUCCUCCCAGUGCCCUCUCUAUUCUUACCUCCACCUCCACACCUACCGCUGCCCAAAACUCUAUCCCCUAUUAUACUGUUGUGUCCUCACAAUCAAUCCCUAGCACAGCUGUUGUCUGUUCUAGUCUUUCUUCAAGUGCACCUCAAUGCUCCCUGCAAAACUGCACCUCUCCUACACCAAAUCCAACACCGUCCUCUUCCUUAACCUGUCCAACCCUUACUGAUACCACCAGUCCUAUUUCAACUUCCUGUGCCCCCACCAAAAAUUCUGCCACUGCCCCAAAUAUAACUCAACAACCUCUAUCAGCUCCAACAAAUAAUUUACCUCCCACAAAUCUAACACCCUGUACAUUUGUGACUCAGACUGCCCUGUCUUGCACCUCCAUAUCAUAUUAUACAACCACACAUCCAGCUGGUCCCCAUGCAUCUCAUUUAAAUCCAACUUCCCCCUCUUAUGCUACCCUCAUACAAACUGUAUCUCGCUGUAACAUCCCGUGCCAGCCCCUGCAACACACCUCCCCGGUCAGUACAGGAAAUCCUUCCUAUUCUUCUUCUGUCCCAAAAUUAAGAUCUUGCACCUCUCCACCUCCAGUCAUUGCAGCGUAUGUGUCCACUCUUCAGAAUGUUCAAUCUUGUGGGACUCCAGCUAAAGUCGUUCCUCUCUACUCCUCCACAUUUCGUGCUGCGCCGCCGUACACCCCCCCCUCACAGGCCCACCAUUACUCUCAGGACAAGAGGGGUAUUCGACUUCCUCCUCCUCCGCCGCCACCUCCACCCUACACACCACGGAAAAGUGAGCCGCCAAGUCCUGCAGCCCGAACACCCAUGCUCAGGGCAGAGAGCAAGGCUAGCGGAAAAGAUAAAGAGGGGGAGAAUGAGAAAAAAGAGGAUUUAAAAUGUACAGACUCACCCAGGCUGUGUGAGAAAGCCAACUCUCUGAAGCACAGAGCUCAAACCCCGCCAGUUGCUGUGAUGAAGGGAGAGAGGCACUCCUCCUCUUCCUCCCCUGCCAAGGCAUGUUUUAAGCCCAGCUGUCUCAGUUCGGCCCAGGCUCAGCUGGGGGUUCUACACAAAAUGCUCUGCUCAGGAGCCAACGCCAGGCCCAACACACCCAACAGCCAACACAUGCUCCCUCCAAACCAGCAGGGUUGCUCUGGAUCCAGGGGCUGCUUUGUCUCUGGGGAGCAGCCUACAACUCGGCCCCUGACCCCCACCCAAGCUGACACUAUAAGACAAGUCCAGGAAAUUCUGGGGGGGUUAAUGUCAGGGGCCAGGUGUAAACUGGACCCAGCACGGGUGACGGAGAUGCUCCUGAGUCCAAAUGGUCCUCUGCAUGACAUACGCAGCCUGCAGAACCAGCUGCAAAGCUUGGAGGGGGUUCUGGAGACGAGUCAGAACACCAUUAAGGUCCUGCUGGAUGUCAUUCAAGACCUUGAGAAAAAGGAAGCAGAGCGAGAUGGACAUUCCUACAGGACCGGACAGGACAUUGAGAACUGUGGGACCUGCAGGGACUGUGCCUGCAUCAUCUACAGUGUGGAGCAUGACUUCCGUCUACAGGAGGGGCAGGUGGUGCGCACGUGGAAGGUGGGCGACCCUCCUGAAGGCUCUCCACAGACUCCCAGCCCCCAGGCGGCAACACCGCACCAACAAGGCUCCCCACAGCUCGUGCAGCCCCCCGUCACCUCCAAGAAGAACCGGAAGAAAUGCUUCUGGUUCCUCUGAGCAUUGGGGCAGAAACGUACAUUUGAUUCUGUAAGGCACCUCACAUGAUUCAUUUGAAAUGGAUUCAAAUUCAAACACAAAACCGAAGAAGGAAGAAGUGACAGAGGUUGUGUUUUACCUACUUCUGUUGGAGUCGAGGAAAAGGGUUUGACUCUGCUGCACAUGUUGUUACUGUUGUUGUAUUUUUAAUGCCUCUUCAGCACUUAGAGAUUUGAUACAGGUGCAGGGAAGUAAAAGUGCUGAAGUCGAGAAAAGCAAAAGUUUACCCGGUGUUAUGACUCACAGUUAGAAAGCAAUUAGGAAAUAUAAAGAGAAUAAGAACCGUCCAGGGAUACCGAACAGGAGUCAAGGCAGCAGAUAAGGUGGAGAAUAUUUUUAAAGGGGAGAUUAAUAGAAUUUAUGAGCAAAAGGGAGAAAAUUGCAGAAAAUAAAACUUAAUCUCUAUUAAUGGACUAAUGAGGGUCAGAACACCAGCUUUUAUAUCAAGAGACAUUUAAGGGAAAAGAGCUCAAAUGACCGAAUUUAAAGCUUUUACUAUAUUGUUAUUGAUGAAACCACUAUGUGUGUCCACAUGUACAUACACGCACGCACGCACGCACACACACACACACCCACACACACACACACACACGCACAUCUAUUUACAGAAGGAGCAUAUGUUAAGAGAAAACAAUGAGUUCUGUAUAUUUCAGAGCUAUUCUGCUUGGAUGCUUUAUUUCAGAUAUGGAUUAUUGCUCUAUAAAAGUAUUUUACCACAGCUGCCUUCGGUGUGCGUGUGUCAUUCAGGUUCAGCUUCAUCUUUUUACAAGCAAAACGGUUCUCCAAAACCUAUUCCAUUCAUCAUUCCAGGUCUUGCGAGGUAAACAUAAAAGCCAUUACUAUUGGGCAAGGACGUGAACGUUGUGAUUUGACUUGUCGCUUCAAAAAAGGAAUGUUCAUCGAAACAUUUUCCGAUUCUAAAACAUGAGUGAGUAUUUAUGGUGCUUAAACAAAACAAAUACAAUUACAUCUGCAAAACGUACUUGUUGAUUUCUCAUGAAUGGCGUCCCUUUGAGCAGGAAUGUGUUUAAUUCAUCUGUUCAACAUCUAAUUUACUGGAUAAAUUACCCAAAAAAUAAAAAAAUAAAAUAAAAUAAAAGCCAAGUUUUGCCUUUAAAAAUUACAUUUUAGAAACUUAACAAAAAAUAUCAACAUGAGAAGUCUAAUUAUUUGUCUCUUGUUGGGAAUUUGGCAAAGUAUCACCAUCCAUUUCAAUAUUACCUUGACAUGUUGCUGCAAUGAAAGGAAGUUACCGCUGUGGGGGAAAUAGUAUUUACCUGCCAGGAUUCCUCAGAAAGAAAAACAUUUAUUCAAAGUAAAACGGUAACAAAUAAUCAAACUAUUAAUGUUUUAUUACCUACUCCCACUUGUGUUUGACAAAAAGAAGAAUCCUCCUUGUUUCCUUGUUUAGUACCUCUUUAGCCAGAAUUGCUAAAACAAUAAAGAAUUUUUGAUAAUCA